AUGAGCACCGAUCCAGCGCAGACAAACCAAAAUGCGAACCCGCCCUCCACAAUUCCUGAUCCGACGGAUGCAGCCUCAGCGGGUCACGGCGUUGUACACUCAAGACCGGAAUCGCAUCAGGGCUCUGGGACACCGAUGACGGGUACCCCGUCUGCACCAGGAUAUCCGCCGCAAUACGGUCAAUACACACAUCAACAUCCUCAGCAGCACCCGCAACAUCCACAACACCCCCAAGCCCCUCAGCACCCACAAUACGCCCAAUACCCACCUCAAGCCUAUGCCCAACAUCCUCAACAUCCUCCCACACACCCCUACCCAUACGCUCAGCAUACCCAGCAUCCCUACCCACCCCAACAGCACCCCUCACAACUCCCCCCGCAAGCCCCUCCAGGUCCUGCAGGCCAACAAUACUCCCCCGCCGAACUGCAAUACCUCCAACGCCAACAAGCGCAACAGCUCCAACAACAACAGGCUGCGCAACAAUACUACGUCCAACAACAAGCCGUACAGCAACAACAGGCGGCUGAGGCACAGAGGGUUAGGGAACAGCAGCAGAAAGAGGCGCGGGAGAGGUAUGAGAUGGAGCAGAGACAGCAGGCACAGGCGCAGGUUGCGGAGGAGAGGGAGAGGGAGAGGAGGGCGAGUGAGGAUGGGCAAGGAUCUGUUGGUGGUGGUGAUGCAGCUGGGGUUGCAGUGAAGGCGGAGGGUACACCUCAAGCGGCUCCUCCUCCUCAGCGUCCAGAAGAGGCCUCAGCGCCAGUACAAACACAAGUACCAGCAUCAGCAGCACCACAAAUACAAAUCCCACCUGCAGCAGCUCCGGCGGCUCCAGCUGUGGGUGCAGGCCGCCAACUACCCGGAGCCCCCACACGCGUCUGGCUCAAUGAACUCGUUACGCCUGCAUUACUGAAUGGAAUGCGGAUGCUAGCGAAGGAGAAGCCUGGGGAUCCCUUGAGGGUAUUGGGGGAGUAUCUAAUCAGGGAGAGUAAGAAGGGGAGGAGAUGA